CGCGUAGGACGCUCACGUUUUGUGGGAAUCGAACUAGGGGAACUGAAACGUAUUCAUCGGGAAACGUGCUGAACGUUUGAGAAGGGACUUAUUUUAGUGUUGUCGGCGGAAUGUAAACAAACACGAGGGUCAAGUGACAGCCGUCUGCCGCCUUGAGGCGCGGCACGAGAGUGGGCGCGUCUCAUAAAUAAUACUCGGAACUUGGAGGGAUCACUUGGCCACGCCUCGGCGCGACUUGUGACGUCACGUGAUCCACCCGUGGCCGUUCCAUCUGAGCUCCGGAGACGAGAGGACACACACACACACACACAUGCUCACACACACAUGCAAAUGAGCGCAGCGCCCCGCCCACCUUCCACGCCGUGACUCCUCCCACUCUCCUUCCACGCCACGGACAAGUGAGCGCGAGCAGAGCAGAGACAGAAACAUCAACUUGUCAUUUCAACGACAGCACCGACAUUUUUCAGCUCUCGACCCGAGUUUUUUUCGGUUUCCGCUUCGUCUCCCGAGGAUAACAUUCUUCUUUUUUCUUCUUCUUCUUGUUGCCAUUUUGCUGCUUUUUCUUCUUUUUCCUUCCUUCCUCCCACUUUGCUUCUGCCGAGGAGUGCGAUGGAAUACUUGGAAGCAAAAAUCCUCACACGGAACUAAAAAAGGAGCCCGCUCGUCAACACAUUAAGCCAUACAAACUCCCAUUGGUCGAAUCGCCUCGCCCCUCCAAGUACCCCCCCAGGGUGCCCCCCCCCGACCCUACAGGUGUCUCAACGCCACCGUCUGGCCCAGGAUGUCCAGGCAGCUCAGCCAGCAGCUCCCCACCCCGGACCUCCCUGCCGGCGCCAGCCCCCAGUUCGGUCCUUGCACCCAGCCGGCGGGCUCCCUCACAGGGGGCCACCUCAGCUCCAUGGCGGGGCUCAAGUCCCUCCUGCAGCACCCCAUGAAGGGGGACCAGCGGCUCAGGAGCCCCUGCGAUGUCAAAGACAAAGAGCGGCCCCAGGACAUGGACGAGGACCCCAUGGGCCCCAUGAGGAACACGGCGGGAGUAAACGGCAGCAACGGCGCCAGCGUGGGCGCCAACGGCGGCGGGAACUUUAACCAGUUCCUGGGGCCCCUGUUGUGGGACCGCACCUUGCCGGCCGACGGGGGCCUCUUCCAGCUGCAGUACAUGGACUUGGAGGAGUUCCUGACGGAGAACGGCAUGGGGAACAUGCACAGCAACAACAGCUCCAGCUCGGCACAGAUCCCCUCCCAGAGCUCCCAGUCGGCCGUGCCCAACCAGAGCUCCCAGUGCCUGCCGCCCCCCUCGCCGCCCGGAUCCUCGUCCUCCUCGCCCUCGUCCUCACCCUCCCUCCUGGGUCUGGAGGUGGCUCAGCCCCACAGUCUGACGGGGUCCAGCGACUGCCUGCACGGCAGCCAGACGAGUAUGAACGACUCGUACGAGUCUCCGUCCUGCUCGUCCUCCCCGUCGUCCUCCUGCCCGCCGCUGCUCACGCCCACGGACAGCGGGCCGGAGGGCGUGGAGAUGUUCGACAUGGACCCCUCGGACAUGGCUCUGUCCAACGGGCCCGGCCAGCAGAACUUUGACCCCAGGAGGCAGUCCUUCAGCGAGGAGGAGCUCAAGCCGCAGCCCAUGGUGAAGAAGGCGCGCAAGAUCCUGGUGCCCGACAACAUGAAAGAUGAGAAGUACUGGAGCAGGAGAUACAAAAACAACGAAGCGGCCAAGCGCUCCCGAGACGCUCGGCGCCUGAAGGAGAACCAAAUAUCGGUGCGCGCCUCCUUCCUGGAGCGAGAGAACGCCGCCCUGCGACAGGAAGUGGCGGAGAUGCGCAAAGAACUUGGACGAUGUCGCAACAUCCUUAGCAAAUAUGAGAACCGCCUGGCCGACCAGUGAUGGAAUAUUCCAGGAAAGACUUUUUGGACUCGAUGAUGAUGACGAUGAUGAAGAUGACGAUGAUGAUGAUGAUGAUGAAUGUAUCAGGAGGAGGCGCGCAGCUCAGGUGUUUGGUCGUCAUGGUGACGCACGGAGAGAAUAAUUUAACUUUUAGGGGUUUUGUUAUUGGAGAAUUGUAUAUUUUUAUAACACUUCAGGACACUCGCAGGAGAGAGAAUCAUUUUGUACAUUUUCUACACGACUAAACCCGGCGGGAGGACCAUCUUUCUGUGGAACAAUUGGCAACUAGAACAUUUUGUCAAGUAGAAACUUCACUUUGCUUCCUCCAGGAGAACUCUGGUCGUCUUUUUCUUUCCUCUUUUGUGUCCACGGUGACCACACGUCCCUCUUUUUUUGAUGUUUUUUUGUGUGUGUACGUAAUUACCAGCUUUUCUUUCAACUCCGCUUCUACUCGCUUCCCUUCAAUAUUUGUUUCCAUCAGCGUCACUCCAGUAACACUCAAGACAAGAUCCCUAUUGUCUACUACCUGCAUAGUACUUCAUAGUACUUCAAUCAAGUAUACUUCUUCACUUCACCCCCCUUGACAAUCAAAAACUUAUCUAUAAUAAUUAUUAUCAAUAUAACUGCAUUGUAAGUAAUAUUAAUAAUAAUGAUUAUUAUCAGUAUUACUGCAGUGGAAGUCAUAUUAAUAAUAAUAAUAAUAACACUAAUAAACUGGUUUGAUCGCUUUUAGGCCAUUUAAUGUAAUAACAUUUUUAUAUGUACAUUUUUUUGACAAUUGAAACAUUAAUUAUUAAUAAUACCACACAACAAUCAUUAUAAAAAAUUUUUAAAUCAAAAUUAUAUUAUAAUUAUCACAUUAGGACCUUUAUAAAAAAUGGUAACAUUUACCAUUAUUAUUUGUUUAAUAUAUUAAUGAAUAUUGGAUAUUUUUGCCACUUUUUCUUUUAUUUUAAAUGUUUUACUUCCUAAUGUGCUAAUUAUUAUUAAUACCAUACAGCAGAAAUUUUGCAUUAUAAACAGACAAAAAAUUCCUAAUUAUAUUAUAAUUAUCACAUUAGUACUUUUGUUAAAUGGUAAAAAAUUAUAACAAUUUUCCAUUAUUAUUUAUUGUAUUGAUGAAUUUUAGAUAUUUUAGCCACUUUUUAACAUUUUCCAAAACAUUUUUUUAAAGUUGCUAAUGUGCUAAUUAUUAAUAAUAAUACCAUUUCAUGAAUAUUGGAUAUUUAUUUCAGACAUUUUCUUUUUACUUCCUAAUGUGCUAAUUAUUAUUAUUAUUAAUACCAUACAGCAAUAAUUUUGCAUUAUAAACAAAACAAAUAAAUUCCAAUGUAUAUUAUAUAUACAUCACAUUAGUACUUUUUAUUAUUUUUUAUUUAAAAAAAAUAAUACAAAUUUCCAUUAUUAUUUGUUUAGUACAUUGAUAAAUUUUAGAUAUUUUAGCCACUUUUUAACAUUUUCAAAAAAAAUUUUUUUUAAGUUGCUAAUGUGCUAAUUAUUAAUAAUAAUACCACACAACAAUCAUUAUAAACAAUCAAAUAAUCACAAUUAUAUUAUAAUUAUCACAUUAGGAACUUUUUUUAAAUGGUAAAAAAUGGUAACGUUUACCAUUAUUGGUUUAAUAUAUUGAUGAAUUUUAGAUAUUUUAGCCACUUUAAAAAACAUGUUUUUUCAAGUUGCUAAUGUGCUAAUUAUGAUUAAUACAAUUAUAUUAUAUAUUACAUUUCAAAUGUAUUUUUUUAAAUAGUCUGCAACGAUUCUAUUUUUACAGACAGGCUUCGCUAAGCAUCUUCAAAUAAAGUCAGCCAGUGGUAUAACUAAUAAAGUGCACAUUUCUGGGCUUGAAAUGGAGAACUGCGAGUAUUUCAGGUGAUUUAACAGGAAGAAGAUUAUUAUUAUGACUGUUGGAGUGGAAUCUAAAAUGGACCUUUCGACCGUUCCUACAACAUCUCUGCUCGUAUUUGCUAGAAGGACUUUCUUUGUUCUGAUAUUAUUAGUCUUCUUCUUAUUAUUAUUGUUAUUAUGAUGUUAUACUUUCUUGAUGGAUGUUUCCUCCUGACCUCACUGAUGAUCUUCACCCCCAUGCAGACUUUUUUUGUACAAGGACGAGCUCCUCACGCCCCCUGGUGGACUAUGCAUGCUUCGUCCUUUUCUUGCUUUCUUUGCACCGUUUCCGCCUCGCGCCCGCGUGGUCGUUUGCGCUCCCGACCGGACGCUCGCUCUCCAGCUGGCAUCCUCCCAGAUGUGCUGGCUGCGUCUUUCCAGGGACUCUAAUUGACGUAGGCGUGCCACAGCGCUCUCCGACCCACUAUGUGCUGGUUCUGUGGAUGUACUUUGAGAUUUCUCCCUAAAAAAAACACCAAUUAAAGAUUAUUCUCGUU